UUUUUAUUUGUUAUGGGGGUCUCUCCGACGCAAGGCUUCUCUCCUUCAGCAGAAAGGCAUAAGCCUAAAAUUAUGCCUGGUAGUUUUUUUGAGAAACUGUGGCUACCCAACUCUGCAAUAGGAAAUGUCGAGUCCUCUUGGAAAAGAUAGCCGAUUGUCUCCUGGAAAGCCGGAAAUUCAUACCCUGUCGGGAGUUUCCGUACCUAUUUAGGAAUGCUAAGAACUCUUUUUGUCUUUUCCUCCAGGGCAACGCCUGACCGGGUGGCUGCAUUUUUCUUUUAAAGGCAAAGUUAGGGUUCCUAAAUAACUUCCCAGCUACAGCUCUAGGAACGCCUUCCCGCCUACGUUUGUUGCCGAAUCGGUGGUAUGUCACGCGAUGGAUUCUGGGAGACCGAGUCUCCGUGCGGCGAGAUUCACAAGACCACCGUGAACGCAGAACUUCAAUUCCCAUAACGCCUGGCGCGAAGCCAUAAUUUCUUCCGGGGUAACCAUGAGGUGGUCGCCAUCUUGCGUACGGAGGUGCGGCUUAUUGCCUCGGAGUCGGAUGGUUGGGCUUUUGGUCCUUCCGACUCUGCUUUGUAGUGGUGUUUGAGUGUGUCUUUCACUUUGACGGAGGUUCUUGUCUCGUGGGAGGAAACAUUUUUUUGGCGAGGUAAAGGUCCAUGCAGAGGUUGUAGAAGAUGCCUUAUGGUAAAACUGAAGCUAAGUUCUUGGGACCUGGAAAAGAACUAACAAAUGAACCGUGCUAUAAAAAAUUGAAGUCAACUGCAGAAGCUUAUGCUUUCCCACGUCGUGGCAGUGCUGAUUUUCUUCAGGAGGACAAAACCCAAACUACAAAUUUGCGGAAACCUUUGCAUAAUGAGAACAGAGAUGUUAUUGAAUCCGUUGGUUCACAAAUUUUACGAGAUGGAAAACCUGCAUUGGUAUCAACAGAUGAUGGAAUAUAUAGUACAAGUAAAGCAUUUAUAGGACCUAUUUACAAACCCCCUGAGAAAAAAAAAUGUAAUGAAAGGCAGAAUGAAACAGAUACUCACAAUGGUAUAAAUGGCAAAGGAAGACAAGAAAAGAAGCGGAAAUUUAACACCAAAAAAUUAGAGAUUGACACGGAAUUAUCGCAGUUUUACAAAGAAAUUGAAGAACUUGAAAAUGAAAAGGACAAUUUAGAGGUCAGUUGUCAGGAAUCUGAACCUUCUCAGAAACAACUUAUUCCAUAUUAUGAGGGCCAUAAUAAUGAUGUCUUAAAAUCUGAUGAAGCAAGUGAAGAUCUGAAUAGUGCUCCUCAGUCACACUGUGGUUAUCAGCAGUACUUGGGCAGUGAGCCAGACAAAUACACCUAUGAUGGACAAGCAAUGCCUACAUUUUGUGAUGCUUCGUUUACUCCUUUCAGGCCUGAAUGGGAAUCAGUGCAUCCCUUCAUAGUACCCUAUGGUCCCCCUCUUCCCAAUUUUAACUAUCAUUUAAAUAUUCAAAGAUUCAGUGCUCCACCAAACCCAUCACCAAAUAUUUUCCAUGCUGAAGGGGACUGUCAGAUGCAAAAUGGGUAUGAUGUAGGUGGUUGUCGAGUUAACUGGAAUUGUUUGACUUUUGAUCAGAGGAGUGAAUAUACUGACUAUUGGGAGAAUAGCAGUAGUGUUUAUCCCCCUAGAAAUGGCUGUAGCGUGCAAGAUGGAUAUGUGAGUAAUGGUUUACGAGACAUCAGGGAAGGAAGCUGGAAAGAGCCUCCUGUGGACAAGCAUGAUGGAAUGGACAGGUUUAUGAACCAGCAGUUUCAAGAAGAAAAGUUAAAUAAGUUACAGAAAUUACUUAUUCUUUUAAGAGGUCUGCCUGGUUCUGGGAAAACAACAUUGUCUAGAAUUCUGCUUGGUCAGAGUCGUGAUGGCAUUGUGUUCAGCACUGAUGACUAUUUUCACCAUCAAGACGGGUACAGGUAUAAUGUUAAUCAGCUUGGUGAUGCCCAUGACUGGAAUCAGAACAGAGCAAAGCAAGCUAUUGAUCAGGGGAGAUCUCCAGUUAUAAUAGACAACACUAAUACACAAGCUUGGGAAAUGAAACCAUAUGUAGAAAUGGCCAUAGGAAAAGGAUACAGAGUAGAGUUUCAUGAACCUGAAACUUGGUGGAAAUUUGAUCCUGAAGAAUUAGAAAAGAGGAAUAAACAUGGUGUGUCCCGAAAGAAGAUUGCUCAGAUGUUGGAUCGUUAUGAAUAUCAAAUGUCCAUCUCUAUUGUAAUGAAUUCAGUGGAACCAACCCAGAAAAGCACACAAAGACUCCCUCCUCCACAGGGAAGCCAGAGAGAAAGAGUUUUGAAGAAAGCUGGGCAUAGUAUACUCAGCCAAACCAAACAGAAGAGAAACAGAAAAAGAAACAAAAAGCAUAAGAGCCUUAGUGAAGUCAUGGUUAAAAACUCAUUUGAAGCCUUAAAUUAUCUUACACCAGAAGAUGAGGACCCAGUUCCAAGUGAAAAAGAAGAUUUUGAAGAGACAAAAGGAGAAUCAGUUUGUCCCUCAACUAGUGGCUUGCAGAAUGAACGAGAGGAUUUUGUGAAUGGCUAUAAAGAAAAUAGUUGGAAAAACCUAGAUCCUGAAGAUAGUUUUCCAGAUGUUGUACCUACAGCUGAGCUGGACAGCUCGUCAAAGAAUUCCUUCCCUAGGGAAGAUGAUGACUUGUCAUCAACGCCAAAUGUUUCUCGUCUAGCAGGGACUCAGAAUCUCUCCUGUGUAACAAGGAAUGACUGCUCUGGCGUGAAGGUAGAAAAGCGUAGAGGAAAUAGGCAUCACUUGACAGUAGAUAGCCAUGACCUACUUGCUGAAACCCCACGUUCAUUUAGGAAGAAGAGAGAUAAAAGUCUCUCAAAUGAACCAGUCCCAUGCUAUCAGCGUACAUCUAGAACUGCAGAUGUUUUAAGAGAAGAACAAGAAGACAAAACUAAGAACAAUUAUUGGGCUUUUUUCUCAACCAAUUCAUCUAAUGAAGAAUUACAGCUAGGCCCUGACAGACAACCCUAUUUUGGUAGCUGGCCUGAGGGAACUCAUACGUUUGUAUGUGAACAAAGACCAAAGAAAGAUAGAUCACGUAAACUGACCUGUCCUGACAGCAGGGAACAAAUGAUUAAAUUGAUUUCUACUUCUGAAGGAGCAUCAGGACCAGGAAGCAGUCCAGAAAUAUCGAUAGAGAAGAAGCAACUGAUAGAAAUUGAAGAUUUGUCAUCUUCACCUGAAACUACAGAUUCAUUCAUAGAAACAGAAGCAAAUAUAUCCAGAAGCCCUUUACUUCAAUUGGAUAUCCCAGAGGGUGCCUCAGAGCCAACAGAGAAUGACGAAAAGAUACAGAAAAGGAUUUUCAAUUUGACACUCAACUUUAACUCACUGGAACAGAGUAAUAUCCAUGCAAAAGAAAGGGAGAGAUGUGGCCUAUUAACAGAAAACUGUGAACUAAGCAGUAUUUUGGGAAAAAACGAUAAAAUUUCAGAAAUAAAUAACGAAGAGGAGAUCAAGCAAAAAGUUUCGGCUUUCAAUCAUCAACCAUUAUGGUUUUCCCUUGCUGUCAUCAGAGAUUCCCCUCUAAAUAUUGGUGGACAGUUUUAUCCUCAUUACCUGUCACUUAACAGACCGGGACCCACUCUAUAUUUUUACAAAUACCCUGUUCCUUCUCUUGCGCUACAUUACAUAUCUAGCUUUUGGCUAGUACUUUUUACCAACAAAAAAACAUGUUUGACUUUCAAAUCUCAGACAAGAUUAGGUAAUAAACUAAAUGAUGGAGGGUUUAUUUCUUCAGAAAUUUUGGGUGGCCGCCAGCCUCCUGCUUGGUGCUCACAAUUUAACGACAAGCUUAAGAGACAGGAAGACUCUAAGCCACUGCAAUGCUUCCCUACCAAGGACAGACAAGAUUUAAUAAGCACCGAUUUUAAUUUCCUUGGGCUACCAUUAUCACAAGGCUUUGCCUUUCAACUAGGAAAUGUUUUCGGAUCUCCUGGAGUUCCAAUGGAAUCCUUGUUGCCUGAUGACUGUGUGAUUCCCCUUGACUGGAAAACACUGAAGAUGAUCUUUUUGCAAUGGAAGAUGUCAGCAGAGAAAAAAACAGAAGAUGACACUAGCUAGAACUGAGAAUUCCUUGAACUCUGGACCCUAGGAAAUGGGAUACAGAGACGGGAAUUUGAGAACUGACCAGGGGCAUAGGCUCUUGGAUGAGGCAGGACCAGGCGGAAUGUGGACUGAAGCACAGUUGGAAUCCUAGAUGCCGAGGGGGUCACCUGACUAGAAGAGCGAAGAGUGGGAACCCGGAAACCGACUCUAUCCUGUCACCAUUUUGUCUGGACUGUCUGGGUUGUGUUUCUUUUUAGUUGAGUUGUCUGAUCUCCAUGGUGCUGCUGAAAAUCCCGGUCCUCAAGCAAAGUCAGCGUGCUCUGUGCAGACCCAAAAGAUUCUUUCCAGGGAUGUGCCCUUUGGAUGCUAAAGCUGGUUUGGGUAAUCUGUUUAAGUGUUAUCUGAAUAAUAACAAACUCGACAGAAGAGGUACAGUUGAAACAUCAUGUUACCUAAUUUAAAGGUAUUUGUAUUUUAUUUUGUUUUAUAGAAGAAAAUAAGGUAUGGAACACUUACGUGGCUUGUUUUUUUGAUCGCCUUAAGUUUGGAAGGGUAGUCCAUAGAUCCAAGUAUUGGUCUGAUUGCAUUUCUAGAAUUGUGAAAUCCAAAAGGCUUUGAAGUGUUUCUCAAUUUUUAUUGUGGUAAAAUACACAAUAAAACUUACCAUCUUAACCAUU